AUGAUUGUAGCAGCAGGGCAUAGCUCCAAUGGCGGAAUUGGGAGCGGAGAAUUGGCUGAUUUUGUCCGGCAAGUGGUGGUGGGGCGGUGGUUUUCUCUUUUCGCUUCGUUCCUUGUAAUGUCCGGCGCCGGCGGAGUUUAUGUGUUCGCUUAUUACUCUAAAGACAUCAAAACGACGCUCAAAUGUGAUCAAACGACACUAAACAAAAUUGGGUUUUAUAAAGAUUUGGGAUCAAACGUCGGCAUUGUUGCCGGACUUCUGGCGGAGGUGGCGCCCACUUGGUUAGUUCUUCUCAUCGGCGCCGCCUUAAAUUUUCUUGGCUACUUUAAGAUAUGGCAAGCCGUUACCGGAAAAAUUGUCCACCCCACCGUCGGCUUCUUUUGCUUUUUCAUUAUGGUUGGAGCUAACUCUCAGAAUUUUGCCAAUACAGGUGUGCUAGUCACGUGCGUGAAGAACUUUCCAGAAAGAAGAGGGGUGAUGUUGGGCCUUCUGAAGGGCUUCGUGGGCCUAAGCGGAGCCAUCAUGACCCAACUUUACAUCGCCAUUUACGGCCACGAUACGAGAUCUCUUGUUCUUCUAAUCGCUUGGUUCCCUUCUUUAAUCUCUUUGAUUUUCGUCUAUACGAUCAGAGAAAUCAAAUUCGUUAAACACCCAAAUGAAUUCAGAGUUUUCGUUCAAUUCCUUUGUCUCACAAUCCUUUUAUCCGUCUUCCUCACCGUCUUAAUCUUCAUUCAAAAACGAGUCCAAUUCGAUCAAUCCGCUCACAUCGCCAUCGUCGCCGCCAUUUUUGCUCUGCUUUUUGUUCCAUUGUUAAUCGCCAUUAGAGAAGAACUCGUUCUCUGGAAUUUCAACAAACGAACCCUUAUUAACAACCCUUUUACUAGAAUCAGAAUCGAAACCCCCCAAACAACAACAACAACAACAACAACAACAAACCCCCCAAUUCCUUCUUCAAAUCAAACCCAAAUCCAACCCAGUUCUUGUUUCGCUAAUAUUUUCAACAAACCCGAAAGAGGCGAAGAUUACACUGUUCUUCAAGCGAUUUUCAGUAUUGAUAUGCUUAUUAUAUGCUCCACUAUGUUAAUCGGCGUCGGUGCAAGCUUAACCGCCAUCGACAAUCUAGGACAAAUCGGUGAAUCUCAAGGCUACCCAUCUGGAACAAUCAACUUAUUCAUCUCUUUAGUAAGUAUUUUCAAUUUCACUGGUAGAAUCUUUUCUGGGUUCGUCUCUGAAAUCUUGCUUGAGAAAUUCAAAUUCCCUCGUCCGUUGAUGCUUACAUUCAUCCUCUUGAUUUCCUGUGUUGGGCAUCUUUUAGUAGCUUUCCCAUUUGAGGAUUCGCUUUACAUUGCAUCAAUCAUUAUCGGGUUUUCAAUGGGUUCACAAGUUCCAUUGCAUUUCGCGAUGAUUUCAGAAAUUUUUGGGUUGAAACAUUACUCGACAUUGUUUAAUUUUGGGCAAUUGUCUUGUCCAAUUGGGUCUUAUAUUCUGAACGUGAUGGUGACUGGUAAACUGUAUGAUGAAGUAGCGCAAUUGGGGAGUAGUCCAAAUAAGUUCCAUUGUCAAGGGAAUCAUUGUUAUGAACAAUCGUUUUUGAUUUUGAGUGGAUUGACGUUUAUUGUAGCGAUGAUAUCGUUGAUUUUGGUGAAGAGGACGAGGGAGUUUUAUGGAGGGGAUAUAUACAAGAAAUUCAGGGAAGAUAUGGAAACUUUGAAGACGGAAAUGGAGUUUUACAGAUUGGAUGAGAAGAGGACUAGGAUUGGGAAUUUACUUGUUGAUAAACAUUCUAUCAAUUUCAAGAGAUGAUAUGUAAAUUAUAUGUAAUCUUGUGUAGGAAAAAAUUAAUUUCCUUUUGUUUUUGGAAAAUCAUUGCUCCCUCGAACUCACUCUACUUUACUUUAUGAUAUAUAAAUAAUCAAUGAAAUAAAAUA